UUUCCUAUAUACCGAUGACGCCAUACUUGAUUCAAAGAACGCAAUCGGACUUUUGUAUUUAUCUAACAAAUAUAACGUAACGCCCCUGGAACAGAAGUGUCUGGCGUAUUUGGAGUCAUCGAUAUCGUCACAUAAUGUCUGCGUCGUGAUGGAACAGGCCCAUGUCUAUGACGAACACGACUUGAAGGUCAAGGCUAUGAAAUAUAUCUGUGAAAAUGGCAACACAGUUCUAAAAUCGCCUGGCUUCUCUGAUCUGUGUCACUCGUGUGUUUUCGAGGUCACGGAAACAGACGAACUGGUCGCAUCUGAGGAGAAAGUGUUUGAAGCUUUGAACGCUUGGAGUGAGGAAGAAUGCAGACGACAAGGAAGGGAGAUAACCCCAGUUAACAAGAGGAGUGCACUCGGGAAGGCGUUGAUGAACGUGAGGUAUUCUAUUCUUGGUCAGAAGUAUUUUGUGGAGAGAGUCUCACCAAAUAAACUGCUGACAGAAAGCGAAGAAAAUGAAAUCUUCAAAAACUUCGUUUCUCCCGAUAAAUCUGUUUUACCUUUCAAAAAGGAGCCCAGAUGCUGGACUGGAAAGCUUGUUACUGCUGAACACAUUAAAUACGUCGGUCAGAAGUCACAUGCUUUCUUUUCUGCUGAGUACAGAACUGUGUUUUGUGUUAAUCAAACCUGUGCUCUACAAGGCUUUAACAUCACGGGUGUAUCAUUUAGAUUCAGAGCCGCUGUGCGCGAUGAAGAUACUGGUGCCGUUGUAGGUGAGACAAGUGAUAAAAAGAGAACAGAACAUCUUGUUGAGUUCCCAGAUCAAAUCAGGAUUGUCAAAGACGGGAAAUACAGUCUAGUUGUUAACUGUUAUAUAAGACAUUUUUAUCAGAAUGGUGAAUUAAGCGACAUAGCAGAAGAUGGAAACUUUGCCUGCCGCUUCUUAAAUAGCACUCCAGGCGGUUAUCAUGUGUGCCGUCAGGACGUCUACAGACAGGCGAUGCUCAUCCCGGAAAUGGAUAGCCACACCAUACACCGGAUGGUCAAGGCAGUCGCGACGCUGUGUACCU